UCCAACAUGUACUGUGGGUUUUUAAAGCAGAAUGUGUGGGAUGGGUUUCCAGAGUGUACCAUGAAAAAAAACACCAUCUUCACCCAAUAGAAAAAGGGAGGAGUUUUAACUGAGCCACGACUGCACCAAUGACAGCCCAGUGCCGGGAAAUACAGCAGUGAAACACCAGAGACUGUGGUGCUGAGCAACGGAGUGUGAGACUGAGAAAUGUGUGCACGCGCGUGAGAGCAUCACUGCAUCUGUCCCGAUCCGAGCUAUUGUGUGUGUGUGUAUGUGUGUGUGAGCGUGGGGGUGCAUAGAAGAAGACAUCUGGGGAUGUGUGUGUGUGUGUAUGUGUAUAUGUGUUUGCCCGGGUCUGAUAUCUCCAACAAAGCCAGAAGAGGAUAAAAGCAAAGUCCUGAUUAUUGUCACUUUUCUUUUUUCCUAAGCUCUCCAAGUGCCCUGCGAAGUUUCGUUCUUCUGUCCUCCCACCCCCUCCCCACCACUAUCACCACCCUCCUCUUGGUGCAGUACAUCUCCAGUGAGGAUACGCACCAUUCAGAGGAUUCCUGAGUGGCCAUUCCAGAGAUCAUGACGUGGAACCUCUUUAAAAAGAAGCAGGAAGCCGUGGUGGGCACAGAGCCCACAGGACAGGACAGCACACACCCGUCCCACACCAUGACGAUGGUGCCUGCUCCCGCUCUCUCCACGAUAGCAGAUAACUCCACCGAAUCUGAGGGACCGGUCAACAAGAAUGAUGUCUUUGAGCAGAUCAAAAGCAAGUUCCUCAAUGAGAUCGAUAAAAUCCCAUUGCCUCCAUGGGCGCUCAUCGCCAUCGCCGUAGUGGCCGCGCUCCUCGUCCUCACCUGCUGCUUCUGCAUCAUCAAGAAAUGUUGCUGUAAGAAGAAGAAAAACAAGAAAGGAAAAAAGGGAAAGGACGGCUUUAACAUGAAAAACAUGCAGGGUGAUGAUGAUGAUGAUGAAGAAGGGGAAACUGGUUUGACGGAGGAAGAGAAAGAGGAAGAGGAAAAGGAAGUUGAGAAACUGGGGAAACUUCAGUAUUCUUUAGAUUAUGACUUCCAGGACAACAAGUUGACAGUCGGAAUCUUGCAAUGUGCCGAUCUGAUCUCCAUGGACUCCGGUGGAACUUCAGACCCUUAUGUUAAAGUGUUUAUUCUACCAGAUAAAAAGAAGAAGUUUGACACUAAAGUGCACAAAAAGACCCUCAACCCAGUGUUCAACGAAACCUUUGUCUUCAAGAUCGCUUAUGAGGAGCUGGGUGGGAAGACGCUGGUGAUGUCAGUGUAUGACUAUGACCGCUUCUCCAAGCACGACAUCAUCGGCGAGGUAAAACUUGCCAUGAACACAUUGGAUCUGGGUAAGCCGAUCGAGGAGUGGCGAGACCUCGACAGUGUUGAGAAAGAAGAGCCUGAGAAGCUUGGUGACAUCUGCAUCUCUCUGCGUUAUGUUCCUACUGCGGGCAAACUCACCGUCUGCAUCCUCGAGGCAAAGAAUCUGAAGAAGAUGGACGUGGGUGGUCUGUCUGAUCCAUAUGUGAAGAUCCAGCUGUUGCAGAAUGGAAAGCGUCUGAAGAAGAAGAAGACGACGGUGAAGAAGAACACACUGAAUCCAUACUACAAUGAGUCCUUCAGCUUUGAGAUUCCUUUGGAGCAAAUGCAGAAAAUCCUUGUGGCGGUGACGGUCUUUGACUACGACAAGAUCGGCAAGAACGAUGCCAUUGGUAAGAUCUUCAUUGGCAGUAAAGCCACGGGCACGGCGAUCAAGCACUGGUCUGAUAUGCUGGCGAACCCGCGCCGCCCCAUCGCCCAGUGGCAUCCACUCCAACCUGAGGAAGAUAUCGACGGAGCUCUGGCUUCCCUUUUUGCCAAGAAGUAACUUCUCACAUCUCAACUUGACUUACCAACUAAAUAACCAACCUGCCAUUGCAUGACACCCCACACCCAUCUGUACACACUGUGCCAGUUUGUUUCACAUAAUCACCAACAAACACUCAAAUAUACUAAAGAAUAUGUACAUUUUGAGGAGAAACUGACAAAAAUGAUACCUUUGGUCCAAAAGUACAUUCUCAAAUAUUAUUAUGCCACUGAAAAUCUAAGGGAUAGUGGCAAACGAAGUAGAAGCGGUGUUUUACAUAACAUGUCCUAUCUUGAAGCCAAUAUUUUCCCAUUUCUCCCAAAUCUGCUAGAUGUUAAAGGGAUAGCUCACCCAAAAAAUGACAUUUAUGUCCUUUAAAUUUUCAAAAGUGCACAAAAACUGGAAUGGAUAAAUAUAGCAAUUUCCAUUUCGCAUAGAUGGAACUUGUGCCAUUCAUGUGCCAUGUAGUUUCAACUGGAUCGUGAGUUAAUUUGUACAUUGGACGGGAAAUAUUAUUUUCUAGGUUUUGUUAGCUGGAUGUGCUGGUUCUAUAAGAUUUUUGUGCCUCAUAAAAAGUGCAAAUAUCAAUGAGUUUUCAAUCGAUAUAUCUAACAUGAUUUAUACAUUUGGACAAUUAUUAAGCAAUGAUCAUUACUUAACCAUCCAUUGUGUAAGGUUUGACCAAAUCAAAGUAAUAAAACUUAAAUUAUUCUUUUUAUUUUAUCUUAUUACAGAUUACUACAGUUUAUGAAAUUGAAACAUGUAAAUCGUUUUUUUUUAAAGAGUGAAACUAGUGAAAGACGUUUGUUUACAAAUGAAAUUUGGGCCUUUUGUUUAGACUUUUAUCCAUUUAAAAAUUCCAAUGACCCUAAAACAUGAUUUUGCAUUGAUAAGAUAAUAAUAAAUGGCAAAUCUUUGGACUAAUUAUUCAUAAUGAGAAAUGCAAUAUGCAUUAAUGUUAAUUUCAACAUUAAUCAAGCAUGGUUUACAUAUAUGACAUGAAGAUAUGAAGCCUUUUUUUUACUGUAAUGCUGCAAUUACAGUGCCAAACGUAUAUAUUCAAGAUAUGACAAUAAUAUGACAAACUGUGCCCAAACUGUCAGGCAUCUUAUACACUAAACAUGGCUGUGAAUGUGUAGUGGGGUCCUACAAAUGAAACUUGCACUCAUAUACAUUUGAAUAUCUGCGUCACUGCCUUGUUUGAUUGGAGCAAAACUUACCCAAGUCCAUUCAGUAAAGUCCACUCUCUGAGAUGCCAAAGUAUUAACUUAGUCUCCAUUAAAUUAGACGUUUAAAAUAAAGCAAUCCAGAGUGCUUAAAUCUGUCCAUUUAGUGUCUACAACUUCGCCUCCAAACUAUGCUUGUGUAAAUAUGCAUUGAUCAGAUUUGUUUCUACAGCAUGUACCUAUAAAUUGAUGUACAUAGAAGCAUGUUUUAAAGAUAGAGCAUAAUUAUAUGUGUAUGUGUGGCAUUUGUUAUUUUGAUAAUAAAAUGUAGAGGGGGGAAAAUACACUGAAUGCACAUUUUAUGAAAUUUCCCGUAAAGGGCGUAUAAGAUAUUAAUAGAGUUUUUCAAAAGACUUUUACAUUUGCAAUGGAGAAUUACAUGCUGUGUGUAACUGUAAAGAGUGUUAGACUAAUGCUUGUGGUGUCCUUUAGAAUUGAUUUGCAUCGAGUUAUUUUGUAUUUGGCCAGUCGAGAUAUAUUUGUCAUGUUUCUGUGUUUACUCUGUCCUAGUGAUGUGAAAAUAUGAGAAAAAUUUGUUUCAAGUUGUGAAUUUACAAGGAGUGUCUGUUGGGGUGAAUCUCACAAAACAUUUACAGGUCAAUUUUCACCCCAAAAAGUUAAAGAAAAUUAUUUUGAAUAUUAUUUUGCAUAAAGAAACCGAGGUCUAUGUUUUGCACCGGUAAGAUUUUUUGCAUUGUGACUAUUUUUAUGACAAUUACCCCCACCCCCAAAAAAAAUAUUUUUAUUAUUAUUACUGCCAUAAUGCGAUUAUAUUGGUAUUUAGGCUAUUUUUAAGAUUUACACAUUUUAGUUUCAUAACAGAUUUUUAACAUGACAAAAUAACAAAUAAAAAAACACAUUAAAUUAAUUUAGUUAAAGAUUACUCAAUUCAAUUUGAUGGCAAUUUGUUAUGUUUUGUAUUUUGUUUGAAAUUGUAAAUCUUAUAAAUAGCCUAAAAUAUAUUUUUAAGUGUGUGUCUGGACAUAUGACUUUUUAGUUUUGUUGUUGUUGUUGUUGUUGUUGUUGUUGUUGUUUUUGGUAUAAUGGAAUAAAGUCCAUUGUUCUCAAUGGUAAUUCUUAUGGUCUCAAUUUAAAUAAAUAAUAAAACAAAUAAUUUUACAACACUUACUGUGAUACAGUAUUGCAUUAAAAAAUAUUUUAAUAUAAUAUAUAUAUAUAAAAAAACAUUUAAGUUAGCAUAAAUGAAUGUAUGUAUUUUAUGCAUGAUGUAUAAUUUAAUAUUAAAUCAUAUUCUAUAAAUCAAAUAAUACAUUAUUUAUUGACACAGGAAUAUACAGUAAACUAUUACACAUUUGAAUCAAAAUAGUCAUUUAAUUGUAUAAUAUUAUUAUUUUAUUAAUUAUUUUAAGAUGUUAUUAAAAAUGACAGUAAUGAGUGUCUAAUGGGAUAAUGUGAAAUAAUGUAAAUGCAAAUUCACAAUGUUCUUAAAGCAUCAAAAUUUGAUCUAUUAAUCUGUUUCCUAACUUGUGAUUUUGGUCUUUGCUAUAUGAAGUGCCCUUGGGUUCUUGAAAGGCGCUAUAUAAAUAAAAAUCAUCAUUAUUGUCGUUGCGUAAAAUGUCAUUUCUAAAUUUCUUUCUUUUGAUUUUGGGGUCAAAUAUAACCUGGACAUUUUUUGACAGAUAUUGUGAGAUUCACCCAUUCAUGUACAGUGUGUAAACCACUUGCUGAAACUAGAAGCCAUAUGCAUGAGCCCUCACUUGAGCUCAUCGACCUCAACAGGAAUAUAUAUAUAUAUAUAUAUACUGUAUAUAUAUCACAUAUAAUAAUAACCUACACGCAUUUGAGUCAGUUGUGGUUAUCCACAUGUACAAUAGCAUGAGUUUAUUAUGGAACAAGUGUACAAUUGACAACCAGCUAAAUACAUCUAGGCAAACGUUAUUUUAUUGUGUUUUUUAGAUAUUUUCUUAGUACAUCUUAUUUUGGUUGUUGGAUUUUUUAUUUUUGUGGUUAUGCAUUUUCGAUAACACUUUACAAUAAGCAUGUACAUUUUCUAAAUAAAAUGUAACGUGAAUGAACAAUGAGCAAUUCCUUUAAAUUACACAUUGUUGUGAACUAGCAAUGAACAAUAGUAUAUUUAUGAAUUAACAUUAACCAACACUAAUAUUUAUUGGCUCAUGACAACUAACACGUGAGCUAUUGUUAACAUACACUCGUAAAAAUAUUUUAAACUAGUUUUAAGAUUUAUGCAUUUCAAUUCAAUUACAUAUUUGUGUAAGAUUAAAUUGAGUAGUUGAACUAAAUGUAAUUAAUACAACUGAAAUGUAACUUGAAUACAUUUUUUACAUGUACAGAGCCACAUUUUAAAGUGUUAUCAGAUUUCCUUUCUAUAUUUUAAAUGAAUACAGCUGAAUGUUUGUCUACGAUUGACAAAAACAUUUAGAGCGCGAGAUGGAUAAAUGUAUAUUUUGAUAAUAAUGAAUCAGGAAAUUCUUUUGUGGCCAUUCCAUUUAAAUGUGGUCUUUUUUAUGGACCCGCGUCCAACAAGUCUUAAUGAGUUUUUCACCUUUUAACUCUUUGCUUUCCAGAGUUCUCGAUCUUCUUUGAAUGUUCAGUCUGUUGUAUUUAAUUAUUUAUUUUUCAUAUAUUUUUUUGCAUAUUUCUGUUUCAUUGAAGAGCCUCGGACUGUCUAAUGCUACUUAGGAAUAUUCGUCUGCUUCUGUGUGUUGUACUUUGCCAUAUAGGACCAAUGUAGAAUAAUGUCUAAAUGUUUCUUCUGUGAACGUGAAGUAAACUGCAGGGGUCUAGUAUUCCUCUGCAGAGCAAGCAACAAAAUCCCAGUCUUCCCUGGGACACUGUGGAUGCCAGUUGACUGGCCCCGCCUUCCCUUUCCGUGUCCAGACAGUUUUCCAUUUGUUACAUCUUAAAAUUGGAGCAUAUAAUCACAAAGACUUUCCCAAUGCAAUACUGCCAACAUCUGCUUACUAACAUGCUCUAACACUCAAUGCAUCCCACUGUGAACAUCGUGUAAAGACUUUUCCAAAGAACUGAAGCCUUCCUACCUUUUCUAUUUGUCCUUUGUGGAGGGUCCAGUGUUGUUGAUUCCUUUUGUGGAUGCUUUGGCAUGCUUUCCCCCACUGCAAAUUAACACAUUGAACCCAUGAAGAAAAAAAAGGAACGCCUUUCCUAUGGCAACUCUUAGCCUUUUGUCAUUCUGUACAACUAACAGUGUGAAAGCAUUGAUGAAAAGCAACCAGUAGAAAGUCUAUCUGCAGAUUUAUCCAUGAGUUAUCAAUUAGUUAAUCAUAGGAAAUAAAGAUCUUUUAAAUAAA